GUGACAUUUAUUCAUUACCACUUGCAAAAUUUCAAUACUCAUAUCCAUCAAUCUCUGGGUCGGUUUCGUCAUUAAGAGUGAAACAGAUCAAAUCAAAGAUGGGGAAGAGCACAACUUUGUUGCUGCUUGUGUUCUGGCUGGCUACGACGUCGGUUUGGGGCGAGCAGGCUGCUCAGGAUGCCAAGGGAAACAGUGGAUCAUGGACUGAGUGGAUUAUGAAUAAGCUAUCACCGGGGCUUGGACUCAAGCAGGAGAGAGCAGCUAAGAAUGUGGUGGACAAAGCUGGGGAUGCAGCCUCCAAGGCCAGGGAAAAAGUGGACUCUUUUGGAUCAAGAUCAAAGUCCCAGGUGCAUGACACAGCCAACAAUGCCCAUGACAAUUGGGAUCAGUCAAUAAGAAUGCCUACUGAGAGAGCUGGCAAUGCUGCCCAAGAGACAAUGGCAGAAGCAGUUGAAGCCGGAAAACAUAAAGUAGCCAAUGCCUACAAUGAUGGUAAAGAGAAACUUAACAGUGCGAAAGACAUUGCUUCUGAUAAAGUUUAUGAUGCUAAGGAGGCAACGGCAAAUAUGUAUGGGGAGGCUAAGCAGAAAAUGAAUUCAGCUUCGCAUGUGGCAUCAAAUAAAGCUGAUGAUGCCAAAGAGGCAACGUCGAAUAUGUAUGGGGAUGUUAAGCAGAAAACGAACUCAGCUUCAAAUGUGGCUUCAGAUAAAGCUUCUGGUGCCAAAGAGACAGCAGAUAAUAUGUAUGGGGAAGCUAAGCAGGGGAUGAAUUGGGCUACAAAUAUGGCUUCAGAUAAAGCAUAUGAUGCCAAGGAGGGAGCGGCCAAUAUGUAUGGGGAAGCCAAGCAGAAAAUGAGUUCAGCCUCAAAUAAAGCUUCAGAUAAAGCUUAUGAUACCAAAGAGACAACCGCUAAUAUGUAUCGGGAAGCUAAGCAAAGAAUUAAUCAUGCUUCAAAUGUUGCAUCAGAUAGGGUUAAUGAUGCCAAAGAGACAGUGAAAGGGGCCAUGGGUUGUGGAAUGGACAAAGCAGCAGGUGCAUAUGGUGAUGCAAAGAAUACAAUGAAAACGGCUACGAGUACUGUGUCUGACAAGGCAAAUGAUGCAAUGGAAUAUGGGAGAGAGAGAGCUGCAGAUGCAUAUGAUGGAGCAAAGGAGAAAAUGAACUUCGCCUUUGAUAAGGCAGACAGGGUAGCAGGAGGAAUCGAGCAUGGAAGAGAAAAGGCAGCCAAUUCCUAUGAUGAGGCAAAACACAGGGUGGGUGAGACAUACAGAGAAGCGAAGGAUACUAUAUCCGAGCAUACCAGGCAUAACUAUGAGGCUGCCAAGGAGAGGACAUCGCAGGCAACAGGUGAUCUUGGGGCUAAGAUGAGAAAUUGAUGCCGGUCCGGCCAGAGCUAUGAGGUAUUUAAUUACCUCUGGCUAAUUGCAUGUUAAAUAUCUCUCCAUGAAGCCAUCUGUGAUCACUUGAUGACUUUUUUUUUUUUCCCUUUCUUAAUAGGGAUCUGUGAGUUCUAUCAUGUUGUGUUUCUUUCUGUUUUCUAACAUUUCCCUCUAAAAGUAUUAGAACAUUAGUUUCCACAAUUUUGAAUAUCUUGUAUUCGAAGUUUACUCUUAAAGGGAGCCGCAAGAGCAUCAUUAUAUACACACAUCAUUUAUAUAGUUCAUGAGUUUACUCUA